CAUGGGUGGACAGCAGAAUCCUAGCGAUAGGAACAAAAAACUGAGAAGUAAGACUGAGGGUCUGCCCAGGAGGCUAAAGUACACCAAGGCAGUAAAUCUGAGCAACAAAAGCAAACAACUGAGAACAAGAAAGAAGAGUGACAGUUGUUGGACAAAAGGAGAGAACGAGACGAAGCUGAACAGAGAGAGAGGGAGGAGAAAACAGGGAGAGAUAAGAGUGUGACAAACAGGAGACAUCGAGAGGAAGCACAUGGUGUAAAAAUGCCCACCAACUUCACUGUGGUCCCGGUGAAGGACAACACAAGAAAGGCAGACGAAAGCAAUGAGGAAGAGGAUGUGGAUGACAACAAUGUGCUGAAAGAGGAAGAUGAGGGCACCACAGGUGAUGGCGUCCCAAAGGAAAACAGUCCUUUUAUCAACAACACAGACAAUGACAAAGGCAACAGCUAUGAUGGCACCAACAUGGCGCUUUUUGAGGAGGAAAUGGACAGCAAUCCCAUGGUGUCAUCACUCCUCAACAAACUGGCAAACUACACCAAUCUCACCCAGGGGGCCCAGGAGCAUGAGGAGGCAGAUGAUGAUGAGGGGCCAAAGAAAAAAACGAUUAAGAGCCCUCAGAUGGGGACCUUCAUGGGUGUCUACCUCCCAUGCCUCCAGAAUAUUUUGGGGGUCAUCCUGUUUCUGCGCCUUACCUGGAUUGUCGGCACUGCUGGCAUCUUGGAGUCCUUGGCUAUUGUUGGCUUGUGCUGCUCAUGUACCAUGCUGACAGCCAUUUCCAUGAGUGCAAUCGCUACUAAUGGUGUUGUACCAGCUGGAGGCUCGUACUAUAUGAUUUCCAGAUCUCUGGGUCCAGAGUUUGGUGGAGCUGUGGGUCUCUGUUUCUAUCUGGGGACCACCUUUGCUGGCUCCAUGUAUAUCCUUGGUACCAUUGAAAUUCUACUGACCUAUAUUGUGCCUAAAGCAGCCAUCUUUGUGGCAGAGAGAAAGGAGGAUGAGGUGGAUGCCCUGCUUAACAACAUGCGUGUUUAUGGCACAUGCUGCCUCGCACUGAUGGCUGUGGUUGUUUUUGUCGGCGUCAAAUACGUCAACAAGCUAGCAUUAGUCUUCCUGGCUUGUGUUAUUCUUUCCAUCCUUGCCAUCUAUGCUGGAGUCAUCAAGACCAUUUUUGAGCCGCCAGACUUUCCUGUUUGUAUGUUGGGGAAUCGCACUUUGCAGAACCACAACUUCGACAAGUGUCUUAAGACUGACAUUAUAGAUAACCUGACAGUCACUACCCAGCUGUGGAAGCUGUUCUGUGAUGGAACUGGGCUCAACGCCACCUGCAACAAGUACUUUGAUGACAAUAAUGUGACCAUGGUGCAGGGCAUCCCUGGACUGACCAGUGGAGUCAUUUCAGAAAACAUGUGGUCAAAGUAUGGCCCUCUGGGCAUGUUGGUAGAAAACAAGUUGACAUCUAAUGGGCGACAUGACCCUUCCCAGGACAUUUACCUGCCCUAUGUAGUCAACGACAUCACGACCUUCUUCACACUGCUGGUCGGCAUCUACUUCCCUUCUGUCACUGGCAUCAUGGCUGGUUCAAACCGCUCAGGUGACCUGAGAGAUGCCCAGAAGUCCAUCCCUAUUGGGACCAUCCUGGCUAUUGCUACCACUUCCUUCAUCUACGUCACCUGUGUGGUUCUGUUUGGAGCCUGUAUUGAGGGAGUUCUGCUUCGAGACAAAUUUGGGGACUCAGUGAAAGGGAACCUUGUUAUAGGUACACUAUCAUGGCCCUCACCCUGGGUUAUUGUUAUUGGCUCGUUCUUCUCCUGCUGUGGAGCAGGUUUGCAGAGUUUGACAGGAGCCCCUCGCCUGCUUCAGGCUAUCGCAAGGGAUGGCAUUGUACCUUUCUUACAGGUAUUUGGUCAUGGGAAAGCUAACGGCGAGCCUACCUGGGCUCUUCUGCUGACUGCUGGGAUCUGUGAGAUCGGUAUCCUCAUUGCCUCCCUGGACGCUGUGGCUCCUAUCCUUUCCAUGUUUUUCCUCAUGUGCUACCUGUUUGUCAACCUGGCCUGUGCUGUUCAGACUCUGCUGCGAACACCCAACUGGAGACCACGCUUCAAGUAUUACCACUGGGCUUUGUCCUUCCUUGGAAUGAGCUUGUGUCUUGCUCUCAUGUUCAUCUCCUCCUGGUAUUAUGCCAUUAUUGCCAUGGCCAUCGCUGGCUGCAUCUACAAAUACAUUGAAUAUCGAGGGGCGGAGAAGGAGUGGGGUGAUGGCAUCCGAGGCCUCUCUCUUAAUGCAGCCCGCUACGCCCUCAUUCGCCUUGAGGAGGCUCCACCACACACCAAGAACUGGAGACCGCAGUUGCUGGUGCUCCUGAACCUGGACUCAGAUCAAGGAGUUAAACACCCUCGUCUGCUGUCCUUCACCACUCAGCUGAAGGCAGGAAAAGGCCUGACAAUUGUCGGGAAUGUUAUAGAGGGAACCUAUCUCACUAAAGAGGCAGAAGCCAAGAAAGCGGAGCAGAACAUCAAGUCUUCCAUGUCAGCAGAGCGUACCAAGGGUUUCUGUCAUGUUGUGGUGUCUUCAAACCUCAGAGAUGGCUUCUCCCACCUCAUUCAGUCUGCAGGCUUGGGAGGCAUGAAGCACAACUCAGUCCUGAUGGCCUGGCCUGGAACGUGGAAACAGUCCAAUGACCCACAGUCGUGGAGGAACUUCAUUGAGACGAUACGGGAGACCACAGCAGCCCAUCAGGCCUUACUUGUGGCUAAGAAUGUGGACAGUUUUCCCACCAACCAGGACCGGCUAGGGGAGGGCACUAUUGAUGUGUGGUGGGUGGUUCAUGAUGGAGGCAUGCUAAUGCUGCUACCAUUCCUGCUGCGACAGCACAAGGUGUGGAGAAAGUGUAAGAUGCGUAUCUUCACUGUAGCCCAGAUGGAUGACAACAGCAUUCAAAUGAAGAAAGACCUCCAGAUGUUCCUUUAUCACCUGCGACUGGAUGCUGAGGUGGAAGUAGUUGAAAUGCAUGAUAAUGACAUCUCAGCCUUCACCUAUGAGAAGACAUUGAUGAUGGAGCAGAGGUCUCAGAUGCUGAAACAGAUGCAACUUUCCAGAACUGAGAGGGAGAGAGAGAUUCAGAGUAUCACUGACGAAUCGCGUAGCUCGAUCCGGAGGAAGAACCAGGGUGGUGCCGAGAACGCAAACCUCAGCCGGCAGUCCUCAACGGCGGAGGACACACAGGAGGAUGAGCUCUGUUCUCGUCAGCCACCCAUAAAUGUUUCAGUCCUUGCUGGGACCUGCAGGUCCAUGUGUGUUAUUGUACAGGCCCAGCUCAUCCAUGACAGGAACACGGCAUCUCACGCAACAAUAAAUGACAAGGCUGACACUGGGCCCGAGCGGGUUCACAUGACCUGGACCAAGGACAAGCUCUUCACGGAGCGUAACCGUAACCGCGAGUGCAACACCAAUGUGGCUGUACGCGACCUUUUUAACAUGAAACCAGAGUGGGAGAGUCUGAACCAGUCAAAUGUUCGCCGCAUGCACACAGCUAUCAAGCUGAAUGAGGUGGUGGUCAACAAGUCGCAGGGAGCUCAUCUGGUUCUGCUCAACAUGCCUGGACCUCCACGGAACAGAGGAGGAGAUGAAAACUACAUGGAGUUCCUGGAGGUUCUCCUCGAGGGUCUGAACCGGGCCCUCCUGGUGCGAGGCGGUGGCCGUGAAGUCAUCACCAUCUACUCUUAAAAACACUCUCUCUCCCCAUCCUGCACACACAGGCAUGUUGCCAUGGACACCGGUCACCGGGCAUUUUGGGGGAAAGAAGCCUAAUUUGUUUUUUAUGAAGGGCGGGGUUUGUUGGAAGGCGGGACAACUUGUGAUUGCCAGACAAAGACAUCAGAAUGAAGGAUUAGCAUUGAAUUAGUCGACUGACUGAGAGAGAGUGUGUCCACGCUGGGCCACAGAACCUCUGCACUAAGCGAGGACUGAGCAUAGAGACACUUUAUAUCUUUCAUUUUACUCUGAAAACUUUGUUCUGUUCUGUUGAGUCUUCUUAUUUUUCCCUCUUGUGUUGAUGUUGUCAAGUUACUGGCACUCACUGUGUAAAGAUAAGCAAAGAAGUGAAUGUUGUCAAUCUGAACCUCAUAGUUUUUAUGUUGUUUAGUGUAUUGACUCUGGGAGGUGCAGAGACCUGCUAGACCUAAGAAAAACGGGCACAGAGAUGAAUGUUACAGAAUGGAUUUAGGUUAGGGAGUAUGUAGUAAAAAGUCACCAUUUUUUUAAGUUCUACAGCUGGAAGGUCACUCAUACAUACUAAAUUGAUAUCAGACCCACUUCGGUGAUUUUUAUGGUCUGCAUCAUUAUUUGCAACCGGUGUUUUCAUUUAAACUAACUUCUAAUAACUUUUUUCAAUCUGAACUAGUCUAAAACAUCUUGGUUAGAUCGUAGAGCAUUCACAUUGCAGAGCAAAGGGAGGGCUCAUCUGACAGUGUGUCAGUGAGUAGAAAGGGAACAGCCAGGAGGAUGCUGAGUGUGCACCAGGUGUCCUGGUUAGGUGGGUGGGAGACUCUCACAUUAUGGGUACUGCUAUUUCAUUUUCCACCUUUGAAAAAGUUUUAAUAGGGACAAUAGCCAUAGCUAAUAGUGCGCUUUACAUGGACAUGUACAAUUAUUGUGUUUGAGGUAGUGCUCGGUUGGGAACAAAUAGAUUUUUUUAAAGUUUUUAAUCCAAGAGCUGUUUGACAGCAGACAGUAGCUUAAUAAAGGAAUAGAUUCAUAGGUUCUCAUAUUUAGUCUGUAGUUUGCCCUCAUUAUUUUUGUCAUUUAACAAAGUAUACAGUCAAAAUGUAAAAGCACAAACUGACAUGUGUAUUCGUGUGAUUUUUCCCAUACUGACAUAGUUCCAGCACUUUUGACUUUGCACUACCAACCUUUCAGCACUUAAUUCAUUGUGUACUUACACUCAGUUCUUUCACCUACAGUGACUCUUUCUGUUGGUCUACACAAGUACAUUCUGAACUAAAGACAAAAGGAUGCAGACAGAGAGUAAUUCCAUGCUAUUUAAUACUCAUGUUUCAAUGUUUUUAUAUUUUAACAAACAAAAACCUUUACGCUUUGAGUCCCAGACUGAGUAGAUGAAUUGUUAUGUAGGAGAAAAAGUGCCAAAAUCACUAUAAAAGAAACUGUGGAAGUAUUAUUCAUGCAGCUCAGAGCAUGGCCAUACUGUAGCAACUGAUUUUUAAAUUGGCAAUCUGUAAUCUUUGGAAACAUUUUUAAAAAGCACAAUUGUGAUAUUUUUUUUAUUACCAAAGUCCUCGGUUAUGAAUGAAUGAGGUAAUGCAAUUAAUAGCACAAUUUCAAGGGCAUUUCAAAGCAUCUAAUACAUGCUGUAAAAAAAACCACUUGUGAUCAGAGAAACAGGAGAAAAGGACUGUAGCCCUCCUCAUGAGUACCUCCACAGUUUCUUUUCAAAAUUAGCUGUGCAGUAUUUUGUAAAGCAGAAAGUCAUAUUUUCCCAUACAGGAAAAAAGUGAGCUUCUGAUCAUCAGUUAUGCAAAAUGUGUGUUUUGUUGUGUUUUGUUCAGUUGUUGAUGUAUGCCUGUAUAACUGUAGUUACCAUCUAUGUAGUGUUUGUUACAUUAUAAUUGAUAUUCUGUUACUUUAAGUGUUAAUUUUCAGCGAGAAGGAGGCAGAGAGGAGCAGUUUGCAUGAAGAAGGCACUAGUUGUCAACUUUUUGCAUUUUGAUUAAAACCCACCAAACACACAACAUGCAGAACACAGGACUGAACCCCCUCAUGAUAAAGUGGAAUCGUGGACUGAAAGUGUUAAGAAACAUGGGGGGAGCAAUCAGGAUGAAAUGGACUGAUGAAAUCUGUCACUUACUACAUGAAGUUCAAUGUUACUGUUUUCUAUUUUAGCCACCAAAGAUAAAACACAAUAUAAAUAAAUUGCUUAGUUUUAAGACGAUUCAGUGAUUGAAAGUUGUAAAGAUAAAUUAUUAAAGAAGUUUCUUUUUGUUUUAACCUGGUUACUGAGCUGAGUAGUGGUAGCUGUGCAUAAAGAAAGCAGAAAAUACAGAAAACCUUAAAGAGAGGAUGCUAAAUAUAAAGACAUGUUUCUGGAGGUAAAUAGAGCUGUCGGCAGUGUGUGUUUCUAAUGUGACUGGAGAUUGUUAUCUACCUCAAGGUGUCACUGAGGCUCAGCUGAAGAAAGAAACUUGUUCAAUCACAUCUGUCACCUGGAUUUGUAAAAGGAUAAUAGCCUCAGCUAUGUGAGAGGACCAGCAGAAUAUUGUGUAUGUGUGGGUGUGUGUAUGUGAGUGUAUACCCAGCAUGUUACUGUGCAAAGGUGGUGAGACUGUGUGUUUCUGCUGUAGUCUGACUCAGUUGGCAGGCCUCUUAGGCUGGAGUCACUUGUGGGCGCACAUGUAGAGGAUGGUAGCCCUGUAAAUUGUAUUUGUGCCUCUCUGAGUAAUUAAUAAAAGUGCUGAAAUAAACCAAA